UCGGUAACCGGCAACCGUGGAUUUAUAUAGAUUGAGAGCUUCGUGGGGUUUUAGCAUAGGUGGCAUGGCAUGGAUUUUAGGAAGAGUAGUGGGGGGUCUGUGGAUGGAGGCGCUGUGGAGAGAUCCAUGAAGUGACAGGUGUAUAAUUAUUAUUAAAGAAAAGAAUUAUAAAAUUAAAGACAUGUCAUCGUCACAUUUAUCGACGGGGCGUUUGAACGUGGGAAUCCUUCAAGAACAAGCAAGGAAGGAAUUGCUUUGCUUGCUUGAAAAAUGCGAUGGGAAGAAGGCGAUCAUAUGGGACCAAUCUCUUGAAGGACCGAUUGGUCUCGUAGCGAAAUAUAAUUUACUCGAGGAACACGAUGUGGUCAAAAUGUACCGUCUCUGCGGUGGUAGCUUAACGAUACCGCCAAAUAUCGUUAAUAUAAUAUUCAUAACUAGACCACAGUUAGGUCUCAUGGACUUAAUAGCUGAAAACGUUCACGGGGAAGAGGGGAAAAGACCACGUAAAGAAUUUCAUUUAUUCUUUGUACCAAGAAAGAGUCUCCUCUGCCAAAAGAAACUUCAAAACAGAGGCGUUUUCGGCAGUUUCACGCUAAUAGAAGAGUUCAAAUGCGAUCUAUUUCCUUUCGAUAACGAUCUCCUUUCAAUGGAACUUAGCGCGUCGUUCAAAGAAUUCCAUUUGGAAAACGAUCCCACUUGCCUUUAUCAAGUUGCUCAGGCAAUUCUCGGGUUGCAGAAAUUAUAUGGGAAGAUUCCUAAGGUCACGGGCAGGGGCCCUGCCGCUAGCAAGGUCUGGGAAUUAUUAGAGAAAUUGAGUAGAGAAGAAGAGGACAAUAAAGCAACGUCUUCUCAAGCGUCUACUAUAGAACAUUUAUUAUUAAUAGACCGUUGCGUUGAUUUACUCUCGCCUUUAGUUACGCAGUUAACUUACGAAGGAUUGAUAGAUGAAAUUUUUGGUAUAAAAUACAAUACAGUGCAACUGCCAGCGAAAAAAUUUCAUGACUCCCAAGACUCCCCGACUACGAUGUCUCUUAAUGAGAAGGAACAAAUCAUAUUAAAUUCCGGAGAAGAAUUAUUUGCGGAAAUCAGAGAUAAGAACUUUAAUGGGGUAGGACUUGUCCUUAGUAAAAAGGCUAGGCUUAUUUCGUCGCAAUUUGACGAAAGGCAUGGGGAUAAGAGUGUGCAAGAGAUUAAGCAAUUCGUAGCUCGGUUACCACACAUGCUGGCUACGAAACAAUCGCUAGCCAAACACACGACGAUAGCAGAGAUGAUAAAGGAAGUAACGGAUUCGAGUAGCUUCCUCGAAUCCUUACAAGUUGAGCAAGAGUUAUUAAACUGCAUGGAUACAGACAAAUCGAACUCCUUUAUCGAAGACAUGAUAGCCCAGCAGCAGCCGUUGUUAAAAGUCCUACGACUUCUUUGUAUCCAGUCUUUAACAAAUUCCGGACUUAAACCAAAACUAUUAGAUUACUAUAAAAGGGAAAUAAUACAUACUUAUGGUUACCAUAAUCUACCAACUAUAUUAAAUUUAGAGAAGGCUGGGUUGUUAAAGCAGCAACAGUCUGCGCGCCAAUAUGCAGUUUUACGAAAAGCUUUGAGGCUCACCGUUGAAGAUGAGAGCGAAAUUACACCGAAGGAUAUUAGUUAUGUACAUUCUAUUUACGCGCCGUUGAGCGUUCGACUUGCUGAGCAGCUUGUACAACCAAAUGGGUGGCAGGGCUUAAACGAUGUUAUGGGCUUGCUACCGGGUUCUACUAUUAGCAGUACUUCGCCUAAUGUUCCAUCGUCCGCGAGAAGGAAUUCUAUCAGUAGCGAAGAUUCUAAUUCCGAGCCACCGAAAUUAGUAAUGGUAUUCUUCAUCGGUGGAUGUACAUUCGCAGAAAUUUCUGCACUGAGGUUCUUAUCCCAACAAGAAGAUAUGAAUGUAGAGUUUGUUGUUUGUACUACGAAGCUAAUAAAUGGAAACACAUUCCUGACAUCGUUAAUGGAGAACUUAGAAAGUACAUAAUUUAUGUAAAAUUAAUUAUUACUUCAUUUAGACAUCACUGACAUUUAGAAAUAGCAGAAAUCCUUCUGUGUUAACAAAAUGCAUUUAGUGAAGAAGAAUUUCACUACAGGUGCAAUAGAAAUGCUAAUUCUGUCAUACAUAUGAAGAAAAUGAAUUUUUAUACCAUUUUUAUAAAUUAAGUAAUUGUAUAUAAGGAAUGUAUAUAAAGUUGAAUUUACGUUAGCAUAAUAGUAAGAGGAAGAUUCAGUUCAGAAUAAAUUAUUUAAUUAUAGAAUAUAAAAUAAAUGUUGGAGGAAUGUAAAACAUGGAUGAAUGAAACACAAAGUGUUAGUAUGUGUGAAAGUGUAGAAGGGGAAAAGAGAACGGGGUGAAAGAUGAGCUAAGAGAAUGAAAAGGUGAAAAGGGAGAGAGAGCAACAUAAAUUAUACAUAUAGAGUGUGUGCAGACAACUAUAUUGUAAAAGGCUACAAUUAAUAAAUACUACUAAAUAAAGAGAAUCCUAA